GCGGCGGCGCCAUGAACAUCUUGCCGAAGAAGAGUUGGCACGUCCGCAACAAGGACAAUGUGGCCCGUGUGCGGCGCGACGAGGCGCGGGCCCGGGAGGAGGAGCGGGAGCGGGAGCGGAGGGCGCUGCUGGCGGAGACGGAGGCGCGCACCGAGCUGCUGCGGAGCAGAGCCAGGCGGCAGCAGGCGCUGCCCGAGCCCAAGGCGGCCGGGCCGGUGGACCUGUUCCGGGAGCUGCUGGAGGGCAAAGGCGCGGUGAGCAGCGGCAACAAGGACCACGAGGAGGAGCAGCGACAGGAGAAGGAGCGGCAGGAGAAGGCGCUGGGCAUCCUGACGUACCUGGGCCAGAGCGCGGCCGAGGCCCAGACGCAGCCGCCCUGGUACCAGCUGCCCCCGGGGCGCAGGACCCCCCCUGCCGGCCCGGCCCCGGACGAGAAGGUCAAGAGCCACCUGGACCCCCUGCGGGAGAUGCAGAAGCAGCUGGGCAGGAAGCGGCGACACAGCGGUGACCAGGAUGCCCUCAGCAGCAAGGGCAGGAAGGAGCGGCCCAGCAGCCAGCGGCCCCCUGGGCCCCCGUCCCUGGCCCAGCUGCGAGCGGAGCGUCUGCGGCGGGAGGCAGCGGAGCGGGCGCGGGCGGAGGCCCUGCUGGCGCGGGUGCGGGGCCAGGUCCCGCAGGGGCCGGCCGAGGACCAAGAGGAGCUGGACGAGCGGCGGCGACAGUAUAACUCCCAGUACCACCCGCAGCUGGCACGGCGUGCCCGCGGCCAGGCCCCCCAGCCCACCCCCUUCUGAGGGGCUCA